AGUUAUUGUAUUUUUAACUGUUUGACUUAAGUUGUGACAGAAAGAUAACGUAAAACGAAACCAAAACUAACCUAUUCAUGUUGUAAUUUCAGGGUCAGGUAAAAAUAUUUAAAAGCUAUCGUAGUUGCAUUAUCAUAAAAUUUAGCCGUCGCGGACGCGUAUAAAUUAUUCAUAUCUUUUCUUUCGCCAUAGUGUGUACAAGAGUGCGCUAAACAUCGCUCAAAAGAUGUUUUACAAAAACAUUUUGAUAAGUUUCUUUAAAUCAAGAUCAUCUUAUUUACGGACAUAUAACGGUGUUAUUACGACUUUCGGUAAUUACAGAAGUGUGUUACCCUUAUCAACAACUAGACUCGCGUUAAAGGAUGAAAAGGUCAAAGUGACGUUUAACCUCUACGACGGAAGAAAAAUAGAGGCUGAAGGAAAAGUUGGUGACACCCUGCUAGACGUGGUCGUAAAUAAUGACCUCGAUAUAGACGGGUAUGGAGCGUGUGAGGGUACCGUGACCUGUUCCACUUGUCAUGUUGUGUUUAAGCAGGAAGACUUCGACAGAUUAGCUGAAGAGGCGGGUGACGAAGAGAGAGAUAUGUUAGAUUUAGCGUAUGGAUUAACAGACACAUCGAGGCUUGGUUGCCAAGUAACCUUGACCAAAGAACUUGACGGGCUCGAGGUCAAAGUGCCAGAGAGCGUCAACGACGCCAGAAGCUGAUGACGUUCCACAUUUAGACUACUAAAUCAAUGACGCUGUAAAAAAUCUAGAUAAUAAUAAUACCGUUUUGGGCAAAUAAGUAUAAAA